GAGAGUAGGAUAAAAACUGACUCUUUCUGUUCUUCCUGUUCUUCUGAAAAGUUUGAGUCAGUCAGGAUGUUCCUGUCUGGCAGAGAUAUGAGUCACGAUUAGACUCAGACUUCAGGAUUUUGAGUGUUUUCCUUUAAGAGCUGAGGAGCGUCAGCCCCCAGAAAACAAGCAGCCAAAAACUCUGUGUUCCCAGGAAACAGAAAGUUACUUUUGCUUAGAAGAGCAUGGCGUGCAGCUCUGAGCUGCUGGACUGCUCCAUCUGCCUCCAGCUGCUGGAGGAACCAGUGACCACCGCCUGUGGACACAGCUUCUGUAGAGGAUGCAUCGAAACGUUCUGGAAGUCAAAGGCUGACGGGUGGAGCAGCUGCCCUCAGUGCAGGAGGACCUUCAGCUCCAGGCCUGUCCUACACAAGAACAUAGUCCUGAUGGGCUUAGUGGAAGACUACAAGAGGAGAAGUGCUGCUGCUGAUGAAGAUGAUGACGACUACGCCGCACCAGGAGAUAUCCAGUGUGACAUCUGCAGGGGCAGGAAGAAGAAGGCGGACAUGUACUGUCUGGUUUGCUUGGCUUUUUACUGCCAGACUCACCUGCAGCCUCAUUUCGACGUGGCGCCGCUGAAGAAGCACAGCUUGGUCCAGGCUUCCACCAAGGUCAUGGAGAACAUCUGCAGACGUCACGACAGACGUCUGGAGAUGUUCUGCCGCACCGACCAGCAGCUUCUGUGUCCGCUUUGUGUUCUAGCACACAGCGCCCAUGAGGUCGUGGAGAUCAAAGAGGAAAUGAUGGCAAAGCAGAGACUAAUGAGAAGAAAACGGCAGGAAACAGAGAACAGAGUGAAGGAAUCUGAGGGUGAAAUGAUGGAGCUGAAGAAGGCAGCAGACUCUAUCAGGGAUGCUGCCUGGGAGGCGUGUGACGACUUUGAGCAACAAUGCGCCGAGCACAUCCGCUGGUACACACAAUAUCUGGAUGGGAAGUGCAUGGAGAUGAGAGAGACGGUCGGCCAGCUGGAGAAAGCUGGUCUGGACUGGACCUGGAGUCGCCGUGGACAGCUGGAACGGGACGUGAACAGGCUGAAGGGGGUGCAGCACAAACUGUCCCAGCUUUCUCAAACGGACGAUCCCAUUCAGUUUUUCCAGGGGUUUCAGGCUCUCACCGACCUUCUGGCCUUCAAAGGUUCUGAAGAAAGGCCGAACUCUUUAGAAGAGUUUGUUUCUGCGUGCAAGGAGAAGCUAAAACACACGUGCACUAGAGAGAAAGAUCUUUUAUUCCAUCAACCUGGCCAAAAAGAGUUUUUAAAGAUUCCUGGGAAGCAGCACCGAAAAGUCUCAAGAAAAGGGAUCUGUGCCUGGUCCAAGUAUGCUGACUUGGAGUUGGAUUUGAACACAGCUCCUGUUUGUCUCUCCAUUUCAAAAACAAAGAAGUCUGUUUUCUGGGGGGACGGCAACCAGGUAGACGCUGAUCACCCAGACAGAUUCACCUACUUUUACCAGGUUCUGUGCCACAGGGGCCUCAGAGAAACCUCUUACUGGGAGGUGUCGUGGGAUGGCGGCGUCGUGGAGGUGGCGGUGUCGUACAUCGGGAUACAGAGAAAAGGCUCGGGGAGCCAGUGCUGUUUCGGUCACAACAAACUAUCCUGGAAGCUGAUCUGCUCUCCUUCUGGCUGCACGUUCUGGCACAAUAAACUCCACAGAAGUGGGAUUCCUGCAGCGGCCUGCAACCGAGUCGGCGUACAUCUGGAGUAUAUGGAAGGCAGGCUGAGUUUUUACAGCAUUUUAGACCCUAAAACGAUGGUUCUGCUGCACCAGACCCAGACCAUCUUCACCGAGCCGCUCUAUCCCGGUUUUUCUGUUGAUUUGGGGGCAAAACUGAAGAUCUGUAACCUGAAGGCUCCUUCAAAAUCCUGAAGGACGAGAGGAUGAGCUCAGCAUCAUCUUUGAUUA